AUGCAAUACGUCAACCUUGGUAAAUCCGGUCUCAAGGUCUCUAAGCUCAUCUUGGGAUGUAUGCAAUAUGGUUCAGGACAAGAUUGGAUGAUCCCCGAUCACGAAGAAGGUAUAAGACAGCUGAAGUACGCUUAUGAUCAAGGAAUUAAUACCUUCGAUACAGCCAAUGUCUACUCCGGAGGCGAAUCCGAGAUCAUCCUUGGCAAAUUCCUCAAACAACAUCAGAUCCCACGAGAGAGCGUGGUGAUUCUCACCAAGGUAUUUGGAACGGAUGGGAAGCUGGAAGAUAAAGGUCCAGCUGGAUGGACUAACCAGAAGGGAUUGAAUAGGAAGAGAAUCUUCGCCUCCGUUCAAGCCUCUCUUGAAAGACUUCAACUAGACUACGUCGACUUACUUCAAGUACACCGAUGGGACCCCGAAACGCCCUUCGAAGAGACCAUGCAAGCUUUGCAUGACGUAGUGCAAAAAGGGUGGGUGAGAUAUGUGGGAAUGAGUAGUUGUUGGGCAUGGCAGUUCCAAUUGAUGCAGCAAUACGCAAUUCACAAUCGACUUACACCAUUCAUCUCGAUGCAAAAUCAACACAACGCCAUCUACCGAGAAGAAGAACGUGAGAUGAUGCCCAUGCUGAAGCAUUUCGGGAUUGGCGUAAUACCAUGGGGGCCUAUAGGAGGUGGGAUCUUGACUCGACCUUAUGAAGAGAUGGCCUCGACUGUCAGAGGAGCAGGUAGACCCAAAGAUGGAAGGGGUGAACAACCCUCCGACAAGCUGAUAAUUGACAAGAUCGAAGAAAUCUCCAAAAAUCGAGGAUGUACAAUGGCGGAAGUCGCCGUUAGCUGGUCUUGCCAAUCACCCUGGGUCACUGCUCCUAUCGUCGGUGUUAGGUCGACUGAGAGAUUAGACGAGUUGAUCAGAGGGAUGAAUCUUGGUCUAAGUGAGGAUGAGAUAAAGGACAUCGAUGGGUUGUAUAAACCUGUGGCUGUUAGGGGUCACGCUUAG